AUGAACACCACAGAAACCAAGAACGAAGCCACAAACACGACAUCGAUCGACACUUCAGACGAACUGGUGACCUCUGCAGAUCCACACCACCCAGCCAAUCUCAUCCCAGAGCUAUGCAAGGGAUUUUACCAUUUGGGGUGGGUCACCGGCACCGGAGGCGGGAUUUCGAUCCGUGACGAUGAAAAAGUGUACAUUGCCCCAUCCGGCGUGCAAAAAGAAAAGAUCCAUCCAUCGCACAUUUUCGUACUGCCUUAUCCACAAGAAGAACCGCCUCUCGCGUCUAAAGCCCACGAACGCACCUUUUUGCGCAAGCCUGUGAUCCCACUCAAAGAGUCGGCGUGCACUCCGCUCUUUUGGGCCGCCUUUGAUUUGCGUAAUGCCUAUGCGUGUAUUCAUACGCAUUCUCAGCAUGCGGUUAUGGCUACGCUGUUGUGGCCUGGAAAGGAGUGGCGGGUGAGUGGACUCGAGAUGAUCAAGGGCGUUAGGUGGGGAGGCGUUCGCAAGACCAUGACGUAUUUGGACGAACUCGUCGUUCCGAUUAUUGAGAAUACGCCUGAAGAGGAGGAUCUUAGGCAUACUAUGGUAGAAGCUAUGAAAGAGUACCCAGAUGCUGCUGCCGUUCUCGUUAGGAGACACGGUGUCUAUGUAUGGGGCCCAACCUGGGAGUCGGCCAAAACCCAAGCAGAGUGCUUGGACUACCUGUUCGAACUCUCUGUCAAGAUGAAGCAAGCUGGUGUCGAUACGGAUUGGCGACCCACCCAGGGCUAG